GGAGGAGGAAACCGGCGGAGCAGCUUCCCCACUCUCAGUUGCGCGUCUGGCGAUGGCGAUGAGAGGUCUUGCUGCGCUGUCCGCCGCGCUCUCCCUCCAUUAGCCGCGCUGCGCCUUGCUGCGCCCUCUCUGGUGCCUCUCUUCUGGGACCCGGGAUCGGGCCCCCCUUCCAGGCACGACCCCCUCCCCCGGCCCUUCGGCCUUUCCCCCGACUCGGCCGUUUCCGACCCGGGGCGCACGUUCCCCCCGGCCCGGCUCCCACUCUCCCUCCGGGGGCACCCGCUCCCUAGCCCCGGCCCGGCCCUCCCCGCGGCGCAGCACGGAGUCUCGGCGUCCCAUGGCGCAACCCACGGCCUCGGCCCAGAAGCUGGUGCGGCCAAUCCGCGCCGUGUGCCGCAUCCUGCAAAUCCCGGAAUCCGACCCCUCUAACCUGCGGCCCUAGAGCGCCCCCGCCGCCCCGGGGGAAAGAGAACGCGAGCGCGCUGAGCAGAGAGCGGGAGAACGCGUCCUCGCUCGCCGGCCGGGAGGCCCCGGAGCCGGCCCAUGGGGAGCGGGCGCCCGGCGCCGGCCA